AAGCCUAAAAGGUAAUAACGAUGACAAGCACCAUAAUGUGCGACUGUACAUCAACGUUACGUAUUAACAAACGUGCUAUUAUUUAGUGUAGUUCGAAAAUUUUACUAGACGGACGCUUCUAGAGCUUGUAUAAGUAUGGAUAUACUCAAGUUGUACGUAUUCUUUGUAAGCAUAGUUCUAAAUGAUUGUGCAAAUAUUCUAUAUUCAAUACCGUUUACAUCGAAAUCUCACUAUAUAAUGUUAAGACCUAUUGGUUUGGAGUUGGCCAGGAGAGGUCAUAAUGUGACUGUGAUAACCCCGUUCAGAGAAAAGGAUCCUCCUGCAAAUUAUCACGAGGUUAUGGUCGAUCUUAAGGAGAUUUGGGAAACGAUUGGUAUGGAAAGACCAAACGUAUUCACAAUGGUAGAUUUAUCAUCCGAGGAAUUUCUCAACAAGAUUCUCUGGGAUGGAGGUUUGGCUUUUACCGAGGUGGCGCUCAAUUCAAUCGACGUUCAGAAAUUCCUGAAAGCGGACCACAAAUUUGAUAUUGUCGUCGGCGAGCAGUUCUUUCAAGAAGCAUUCUACAGUUUGGCGCACAAAUACCAAGCACCUUUAGUCCUUGUAACGACAUCCGGGAAUUAUAUGAGAUGUAAUAUUGCAAUGAGGAAUCCUUUGCAGCUGUCGACUGUUGUAGCUGAUUAUUUAAUUGUAAAAGAUCCAAAGUCGUUUUGGGGCAGAUUCAGGAAUGCUUAUUACGUAAUGUACGAAUUCUUUUGGUGGAAGUACUGGUACUUGCCAAUGCAAGAGGCGUUAAUACCGAAGUAUAUACCUAAUUUGCCGGAACCAGUACCCAGAUUGUACGAUGUUCAGAGCAACGUUUCGUUGUUGUUGAUUAACUCUCAUUUUAGCUUCGAAGGUCCCGUUGCUUACUUACCUAACAUUGUUGAAGUCGGUGGUUUGCAUUUGAGUAAAAGUGAUUCGGAGCUUCCGAAAGAUUUCCAGAAAAUUCUCGAUAAUGCUAAAUAUGGUGUGGUGUACGUAAAUUUUGGUUCCAACGUUCGAAGCUCAGAACUACCUCUGGCGAAGAAACAAGCGUUUCUAAAAGUGUUCAGUGAAUUAAAACAAACUGUCAUAUGGAAAUGGGAAGAUGACACUUUGACGAACAUUCCUUCCAACAUAGUGAUCAGAAAGUGGUUACCGCAAAAGGAAAUUUUAGCUCAUCCCAACAUCAAAGUGUUCAUAGCCCAUGGCGGUUUGAUCGGCAUGCAAGAAGCCAUUUUCAACGGCGUUCCAAUCAUGGGUAUUCCAAUAUACGCCGAUCAAUACAACAACUUACUUGAUGCUGAGAACAUAGGUUUCGGUAAAAUGCUGCAGUAUCACGACAUUAAUGAAGAAUCUUUGAUAAGAUCCCUUAAUGACAUGAUUAGUAAUGCAUCUUAUGGAAGAAAAGCGAAAGAAAUUUCCAGAAGGUUCAAAGACAGGCCAAUGACAGCUCUAGAUACAGCUAUUUUUUGGAUUGAAUAUGUAAUUAGAAAUAAUGGAGCGGAUUACAUGAAGAAUCCAGCUUUGAGUAUGAGCUGGAUUGAGAGUAACAUGUUAGAUGUUUAUGGGUUUGUUAUUGUAGUAGAUUUAGUGAUUAUUUAUGUUUUUAUUAAAAUGGUCAAGUUUUUAUUAGGAAUAGGAAAAAAGAGUGUAACUGAGAAAAAGAAACGAAAUUAACUAGUCAGUGUGUGGAAACUAAAAUAUUUACAUAGGAUAAAUAUCGAUACUAGCAAUUAACGCUCCCCAAUUUUAAUGAAAAACGUCAAUAAUGUAAAAAAAUAGUUAAUGCCCUAAUAUACUGAUGAUAAGAUACCUGCUCCCUUAUCCGACCUUUUGGUUCUAAGAGUCUUCUUGUGCAUUCGUGGUUUAAAAUUGCAUCCUGUAUUUAAGUAAGUAUACGUUAAAGAUUGAAAAUUGAGAAAAAAAAUUGAAAAUUGGCUUAUAAUGUAUCUUCAUGCAAUAAAGAAGUCAUACCAAAAUGAAUUUUAGCGCUCACUGAUUAAAGGUUACCUUUACUUUGUUUAACAUUUCUCUUCACACUUAUCUAUCCAGAACCAAAUGGUAUCGCAGGGCAUCAACUGGUCUUGUAAAAUUCAUGCCUAUAUUUCUCUUUUUAAUCGUAUAAUCUGUUGGGCAAUCAAAAAUAGCUAAACAGCGCCCAUUAUCCCCACCAACACAGUUUUCUCCUGUAAACGAAGCAUAAUGUGACCUGAGUCUGGAUGUCUGUGGCUGGUAUAGUCGACCACGUGUGGAUAAUUAGACAAAUAUUUGAACGAUACAUUGGUGUUUGCGAGGGGAGAGCGCUUUGUCCGCGAAUGCUUGCACUUGCAGGUGGUAGCAUAAAUUUUAGUACGCGGAAGAUAAACAUGUUAUAAAUGUAUACCUAAAUAAACAUUAUAGCUUUGUUAUAAUUAUUAAUACAAAGAUCACUUAGAAAAAAUUCCUUCGAUUCGGCCGGAUUCGAACCGACGUCACCUAGCAAACCGUGCCAGACGCUAU